AGUUCUUCCCUCCUCUGAGUCCUCGAUGGUCCCUCUUUGCUCAAAGCCUGUAGGAACGUUGCCUAUCUAGUAGGAGCUUAGAUGGCUGUGCAGACACCCCCAUGGAAUUUCGGGUGGGCUAGGAAGCUGGAGUCGGCCCUGCCCACUCUGUACCCCACCAAUUGCGUCGGCUGCCCAGCUUCCUCCGCGGAAAGCAAAAAGGAGGCGCCUGCACCCCGCGAUCCUCGCGGCCCGGCCUCCCCUGUGCAGGCACCGGAUCCACACCGCAGGGAGCGCAGGACGCACUUUCCAUUCGCCUCCAUCGCGCUUCUUCCCUAGAAGGCCAGCGCCCGGGACUUUCGCAACACCGGCUGGCGGAACGAACCAAGGAGUGAAGGAAUCCCGAGCGGCCCCUGGGCCCUCCCAGCGCAACGCCCCCGAAGCUUGCGGAGGGAGGGUGCCUGCCCGCGCGUGGGCAAGACCCACCAGACAGUGGGCGUGGCCAGGGCGUGGUCUCUGCGAUCCGUCCUCCCCGCGCAGGCGCUGAGAUGGCAGCAAUGGCUGCGCCCGAGGGGUCACUGAGGAGGCGGAAGAUCGGGGGCUCGGGCCCAGGGCCUGGGUCGCCGCCCGCACCAGGACGCGAUGACGCUGGCUGCUCCACCCGCCUGCGCACCGGCACCUUCUGGCUGACCAGAAUCGUGCUCCUGAGGGCCCUCGCUUUCGUCUACUCCGUGGCAUUCCUGGUGGCUUUGCAACAGAACAAGCAGCUGAUUGGUGACCGAGGCCUGCUGCCCUGCAGGGCAUACCUGAAGAGCGUGCAGCAGUACUUCCGGGAGCAGGGUGCCUGGGAUGCCUGGAGCUAUGCACCCACCAUCAUCUGGCUGCUGGACUGGUCAAACAUGGACUUCAACCUGGACCUGCUGGCUCUGCUUGGACUGGGCAUCUCGAGCUUUGUCCUGAUAACUGGCUGUGCCAACAUGAUCCUCAUGGCUGCUCUCUGGGGUCUCUACCUGUCCUUGGUCAACGUGGGACAAGUCUGGUAUUCUUUUGGCUGGGAGUCGCAGCUGCUGGAAACAGGGUUCCUGGGAAUCUUCCUGUGCCCCUGGUGGACUCUGUCCCGACUGCCCCGUCACACCCCCACGCCCUGGACAGUGCUGUGGGCCUUCCGUUGGCUCAUCUUCAGGAUCAUGCUUGGAGCUGGCCUGAUCAAGAUUCGUGGUGACCAGUGCUGGCGAGACCUCACUUGCCUGGACUUCCACUACGAGACCCAGCCAGUGCCCAGCCCCCUGGCCUACUUCCUGCACAGGACGCCCUGGUGGGUGCACCGCUUUGAGGCCCUCAGCAACCACUUCCUAGAGCUCCUGGUACCCUUCUUCCUGUUCCUCGGGCGACGGAUGUGCAUCCUCCAUGGCGUGCUUCAGAUCCUGUUCCAGGUGGUCCUCAUCCUCAGUGGGAACCUGAGCUUCCUGAACUGGCUGACUAUCGUGCCCAGCCUCAGCUGCUUUGACGACGCCUCUCUGGGAUUCCUGUUUCCCUCAGGGCCAGCUGGCCUGAAGGACAGAGCCCUGAAACUGCAGGACGAAGAAGCCCAAGGGGCCCAGUCCCGGCCAAGACACAUAGGCUGUGCUGUGCGCCGCGUGGUCAACCUCUCGCUGGGCGUCCUCCUGGCCUGGCUCAGUGUUCCUGUGGUCCUCAACCUGCUGAGCGCCAAGCAGGUCAUGAACACCACCUUCGGCUCACUCAGGAUCGUCAACAGCUAUGGGGCCUUUGGCAGCAUCACCAAGGAGCGGACAGAGGUGAUCCUGCAGGGCACAGCGAGUCCCAACGCCAGUGCCCCUGAUGCUGUGUGGGAGGACUAUGAAUUCAAGUGCAAGCCUGGUGAUCCCUGGAGGCGGCCAUGCCUGAUCACCCCCUACCACUACCGCCUGGACUGGCUCAUGUGGUUUGCGGCCUUCCAGACCUACGAGCACAAUGAGUGGAUCCUGCAGCUGGCCGGCAAGCUGCUGGUCAACGACGCCCAGGCCCUGUCCUUGCUCGCCUCCAACCCCUUUGAGGGCAGGCCACCGCCCAGGUGGAUCCGAGCAGAGCACUGGCGGUACAAGUUCAGCCUUCCUGGGGGCAAGCACGCCGCAGAGGGCAAGUGGUGGGUGCGCAGGAGGCUCGGCCCCUACUUCCCCGCAGUCCGCCUCGAGGACCUGGAGGGCUACUUCAGGGAGCAGGACUAGCCUCUCUAGGCAAAGCCACAAUAAAGGCCCACGG